CGAAGGACCUCUAGCGUGCUCAAGCACUACCCGGAGUUGUGCGCAAAGGCUGCAAUCGACUCAAAGCUGCCUUUCCUCCUCGCCCCUUCCGCCUGAACCUCUUGUGUAAGGGUAUUCUAGUAAAAAUAAUGAGUAUGAGCGACAGCGUAAGCGAAGCUUCGUCCGCGACGCCGUUGCAGGUCAAGGAUGAAUCCAUCUCUCCGAGAUGGGCAGGUAGCAAGGAAGAUGCAGAGACAUUUAAUCUCAUUCACUGGGUUGGGGUGACACGUGACAAUACAUUAAUGGCCUUUUACGGUACGCAGGAUUCUAAAAUCAGCAAAAUUGCGGAUCGCUUGUUAAAAAAGGAAGCCAAAACUGGUUGGGAUUACUACACGUACGCGGUGCAGUCACAGAAGCGCCUCGUUCACGCGGUCAAGUUCCACAUAUACGAACGUAGAGCAUUUCCUGUUGGCAAGCGCGUCAAGUUACGUGGGCUCGCACACAACACCUUCUUGAACGGAAUGGCGGUCCGAAUCCUAGAGUACCACCCUGAUACAGACAAAUAUCUCAUACGUCCUACAAUUCCACUUCCCGAAGAACGAAAACUCUCCAGUACGGGACAGUUGCUCGUCAAGAGUGAACACCUGUUAGCAGAGACAACCUGGGACGAUUACAUAGUUUGGUCCUUUUGCGCAGUAUUCAACGGCAAGAAACUCAAGGAAACCGACAUCUGCACUUUUGUCGAGAAGCUCGUCUUCCUUUCGGAAGAAUUCCGCGCUACGGAUGCAUGGAAGCAGAGUGGCAAGAUGAGCUGCCAAACAGAAUUUGGACCCAUCCUCAAAGCCCAGAUAGACCUGUUUUGCGAAAUGGGACGGGAGGCAUUUCACGACCACAGCUUGGAACUCUCGAACGAAAUUGUGGCCCAUAAUCUCUUCUUGCUCUCAAAGGGCAGCGAAUACAAGAGUCCAGCCGAAAAAGCACGUGAGCAAUCUCUGAGCGAAGCCACACCGUCAGUUUCGACCGCCAACAGCACCAGCAACUCGUUCUAACCAAGGGGGUCCGGAUUGUAUAGUCUGAAGAUACGCGGGCCUCGCCACUGACAAAUAUCCACUACAUGUCGAUAGGUCGCUCGCUAGCUGUUGGAAAAGGGCUAUGUAAUGUGCCAUGGUGUCUCCAUUGUGUGCGUUGGAAAUCAUAGCCAAAGAAGGCACCGAAAAUCUUACACAAAGAAAAUUAAAAGCAAUCUCAUGGUUUGGGCUCCACACAGAUCUUUUCUAGCACAUUUU